UCGAGCUGUCCAACAUACUGGAAAGCAUUUAAUUCCAGCAUUUGUCUUCAGUAUAUCCUCGAUUAUUUGAAAUUCGGCGAAGCUAGAAGCUAUUGUAAUUCGUUAAAUGCUAGUUUAGUAGUUAUUGACAGUCAAGAUAAACAAGACUUCAUAGGAAAUUUAAUUGGCGGUCCUUCUGUUAGGACGUAUUGGAUAGGAUUAGUAGAUAUUAGAGGAGACAAUUCGGUUACAAGUUUUCAGUGGUACUCCACUGACAAAACAUUAGCUGAAACUGGUUAUUCGAAUUGGGAAGAUAAUUAUCCAACUAGUUACAAAGAGCAGUGCGUUUAUCUAUUAGCCGGAAAAUGGAAUAAUGUAGCUUGUGGGAUACCUCUAUCAUUCGUUUGCGAAUAA